ACUCAGCUGUACCGGCUCAUUCCGCCUUUCGCCGCCGCCUCCUCUCCGCCACUCGAUAUCUGAACACAUCCUUCUCCUGCCGUGAAAACUCACGACGACGAGGCAAAGAAUCACAAUAUGAGUAAUCGAGGCGAGGCCUCCUCGGGGUGGACGCCCAACCAGGAUCCUCGACCUCAUAAGCCGUGGAUCUCCUGGCUUAUACCUACCAUUGCCAUAGUCAACAUUGUUUUCUUCGCCUACAGCAUGUACGCUAACGACUGCCCCGCCCGCCACCCUCCGGGCGACGUCUGUAUCUUGUUCCCCUACCUUGGCCGCUACUCUUUUGAGCCACUGUACAUUAACCCUCUGCUUGGCCCUGCCCCUGGAACGCUUGAUACGUUGGGUGCUCUUGAUUACAAGAAAAUUGUAAGCGGAGAGCCUUGGCGCCUCAUCAGCUGCAUAUGGUUGCAUGGCGGAGUCAUCCACUUACUCGUCAACAUGCUCAGCCUUUUGUUUAUAGGAAUUCGCCAAGAACAAGAAUUUGGAUUUUGGAAGGUUGGAACUUUGUAUAUCAUAUCCGGCAUUGGUGGGAGUUUGAUGUCUUCUUUAUCUAUUCAUAACAAAAUCUCAGUUGGAGCAUCAGGUGCGCUAUUUGGAUUGUUAGGAGCUAUGCUUUCUGAGCUCAUGAUAAAUUGGGCAUUAUAUGCCAAUAAGUGUGCAGCACUUUUGACCUUGUUAGUCGUGAUUGCUCUUAACAUGGCUGUUGGAAUGGUACCGCAUGUGGACAGUUCUGCACAUAUUGGAGGAUUUAUAUCUGGUUUUUUUCUUGGAUUUAUUCUUCUCAUACGUCCUCAAUUUGGAUGGGUUAAUCAGAAUUGUUUUCCUCCUGGAUAUGACAUGAACCAUAUCAAACCAAAGCACAAAGUAUAUCAGUAUGUUUUGUGGAUUCUAGCUUUUGUCAUGUUCGUCAUUUGGACAAGGAUUAUGAGAGCACUCGUCAACAACCUGCACUUCCACUGUGCCAUCCUUGCAUGGUCUUCCAUACCCACUGAGACAUCUGAUUAUGUACAUUCUACCGCACGCAACACCAUUGUCCCACAAGCUUUUGGACACUGCGGCAAACAUUUUGUUUGCUGGGAGCUGAUAUUUACUGUCUCCGUAGCACUUGGUUGCUGUUCAAAGUGCAACGCAAAUACUUAAAUCAAUAUUCCUGUCACGGACUUGAUAGUUUGCUCAUUUUGCUUAGUGUUUGAAAAUAGGGAGGUUAAUUUGGACAUUUACAUGCAUAGUAUACAAUUCUUAUGUAUUUAUGUAUCUUACACCUAAAUUUCAUAUCUACACGCAUUACAUUACGCUCAAUUCUG